AUGCGGGAUACUCUGCGUCUGUCAACACUACUGAAGGCCGUGGCAGCUUUCUCUGUCUCCCUCUGGUUUCUAUCUUACCUGGGCGGCCCCUCCAGCUACCACCAUAUACUUCAACAGUUCAAGGGCGAGAAGGCAUGGUUUUUCACCGAGUUCCUUGAGAAUGAGAUCGAUAGAGAAUUCGACGGGACAGCUAUUGCCCAAUUAUGUGAGAGCAAGACUUGGACGAAAGGUUUACUAUUCACGUGCGACCCUCCCGCGGGAGGCGUGGAUGAGGUACGGAAUGCGUACCUCAACUGCAUCAGACUUGCCAUUGAGGCUGGCGCUGAACUGAUUGUUCCUAAAGUGGUUCAACGCAACGAUCGAGACAUAACCAAGGUCAUUCCACGUCCCCCGCGAGGUACAUCACUGGACUACUUCUACGACCGACAUCAUUUCAAUCGGUCAAUGUCAACUCUCUGCCCCCAAAUGCGGCUGUACUGGUCCAUCUAUGAGCUAUUCGACACGCCAAUGGGGAACCCCGUCAAAUUGUCUCUUUCGAAUAUGGACAUCCAGCGGGUAAACGAAACUGUCCUCGAACGGCCCGGCGAUUGGUCUUUGAAGUUUCAGGAAUACCUCAAGAUGAAGAAACUCAACCUGCCCGUAAAGGGCAGUACGGGCUUCGCGGGUGUCCAUCUACGCACCGGUGAGGAUGUCUGGUCCAGGUUCCUAGCCUACGAUGUUCAAGCUGCCGCCUAUCUAAACAGCCUUGUGCAGUCCAGUUACUCCGUGGCCUUCCUGGCGUCUGGUGCCACACCCGAGAACAUGACUGCAUUUGCGGAGAGGGCUGUGGACUUCAACAUUACCGUGGUUACCAAGGCGGAUCUUUUGGAGGAGGCGGAGCUUGAAUACCUCCACAGCUUGACCUGGUACCAACAGGCUCUGGUCGACUACGAGCUGCUGCUACGGGCUGGUCUCAUGGUGGGGACCUGUGAAAGCAGUUUCGCCUGGAACAUUGCUCUCAGAAGGGCAGCUUCUAUCGAUUCAAUUGGUGGCGACACUGUCGUCGACGAGCAGGGACCUAUUCGGUGGCAGGAUAGACUUUCGACCAUUAUAGGCGAACAGGGGAAGAGUGGAAACCUGCAGUUGAGCAUUUGGCUAUGA